AUGAAAAAGACCAGCAAAGAGUUACGGCGCUUCACAGGAUCACGACUACGUCGACCCUUGGAUAAGAUAAAAACCUUGAGCAUGGAGAACAUCCUAGCCGCCGUUAGGAAUGAGACAUUGUUUGGGUGUGUAGAGUGCAACAUCCACGUACCCGAUAACUUGCGAGAUCACUUUCAAGAGAUGUGUCCCAUCUUUAAAACCAUAGACAUUUCACGAGACGAUAUUGGUAAGUUUAUGAAAACGUAUGCGGAAGAAAACAACAUCAUGAGACAGCCCCGGCGUAGUCUCAUUGGAAGCAUGGUCGGAAAGAAGAUCCUAGCUGUUGGCAACCGCUCUGUUAAAGUGAUACUUAGUGCAUGGGUAACAGGUACGUUUUAAAAUAUAGGUUUUUUCGUUAAUAAUUUCAACUCAAUGUAUUAAAAUUAUUUUGGGGUAACUCGUAUAUGCCAAGCUGUCGAGCACACACCCAAGCCUUGUUUUAAACCGUUUGGGGAUGCACUCUCAGAUGCUCGUCGUACUGGAGAUGUUGACCUUUUGAAAGCUAUCAUUGCCAACACCAUGAAUCUCCUGGGUAAUUCAUCGUAUGGUAAAACCAUUACCAACAAAGAGCGACAUCGCCAAGUCAAGUGA